AAAGUUUUCGCAUCGUCUUCGUCGUCGUCGGCAUCGCGCACAUCAGACAGCAUCAGCAAAGCGCCGUGAGCGGAAAAGUGGACCGCUUUCACCGUGGUUUAUUCCGGAUUCGAUAGAAAAAAAUCGCGACGCGUACAGCACCCCUGUAGGACAACCUUGUCGGGAUGGCCUCCAGCACCGAAGAUUUCUACCUGCGGUACUACGUCGGCCACAAGGGUAAGUUCGGGCACGAAUUUUUGGAGUUUGAGUUUCGCCCGGACGGCAAACUGCGCUAUGCCAACAAUUCCAACUACAAAAACGACACCAUGAUCCGGAAGGAGGCGUACGUGCACCAGUCGGUGAUGGAGGAACUGAAGCGGAUCAUUGUCGAUUCGGAAAUCAUGCAGGAGGACGAUUCCCUGUGGCCCCCGCCGGAUCGCGUUGGACGACAGGAGCUGGAAAUCGUUAUCGGUGACGAGCACAUUUCGUUUACUACCUCCAAGACGGGUUCACUGGUGGACGUCAAUCAAUCCAAGGAUCCGGAAGGGCUCCGCUGCUUCUACUAUCUGGUGCAGGAUUUGAAGUGUUUGGUGUUCUCGCUGAUUGGUCUGCACUUCAAGAUUAAGCCUAUCUAAGAAGGAACCGGUGGACGUUGUUCGGACAGUACGAAACGACACUCAUCAAUUCAUAUAAUUUACAUUUCUACUAAAAAAUAGUGUUUUAGUUUAAUAAUUUUCCAAACGUAUGUGUGAGAAUUUAAUGAGAAUAAUAACGACACACAAAAAGUCUUAACAAAUCCAAAAACAAA